AUGAACGCUCUGUCGUCGCGCACCGUCUCGUCCACGCUCCGCGCGACGACCGCGAAGCGUCUCCGCGUCGCCGCGAGGUCGUCGUCGACGCGCGCGGUCGCGACGCGCGUCCGGGCGUCCUCGUCCGAGUCGGAUGCCAGCGCGAAUCCGCUCGUCGCCACGCGACGCGCGGUCGCGCUGUCGUCCCCCGUCGCGCUCGCCGCGCUCCUCGCGAUCGCGACCCCCCCCGCUGUGCUCGCGGGCGCGGACGACUGCGAGAACUGCAGCAACAGCAACUCCUCGCUCGGCCCGGGGGACAAGGCGUUCGUGCAGUCCCCGUCCGGGGUGCGAUACGCGGAGCUCAGAGAAGGCACCGGCGCGAGCCCCGCGGACGGCGACGUCGUCGUCGUCGAGUGGGUCGGGUACACGGAGGGGUACCAGGCGAAGAAGAUCGAGUCCACGAGGGAGACGGACGCGCCGUUCAUCUUCAAGCUCGGCGCGGGGGAGGCGAUACCCGCGUUCGAGGAGGCGGUCCGCGAGAUGAGGGUGGGCGGCAUCCGACGCAUCGAGAUCCCGGGGGAGCUCGAGGAGAAGCUCGCGUACUCGAGGAACGCGGCGGGACUUUUCCCGGCGUCUCUCUCCUCCCACCCCUCGCUUUCAAUCCCCGCCCGCGACGCCUUUCGACUCCAUCUGACGCCUUUCAACUCCACCCCGCCGUCGCUGGAACAACCCUCAGAGCGAUACACCGUCGGGCCCGUGCCGCAGACGUUCGCGGGAAAGCGGACGUUGGACUUCGUCCUCGAUAACAAGACGUUGAAGGACUUCAACCGGACGCUGCUGUUCGACGUCAGGCUGUCGAACAUCCGGAAGUGA